AUGAGGACCUUCGAGUCGCCCAGUGGUCGUCGCUACGAGUCUCUAGCUCCAGCACCCAUCGCCGAAGGGAGCUUCGGCGUCCUCUACAAGUGCACAAAACACGAAGGGGACGCGACUCUUCCUGGAUAUGCGGCAGUGAAGGUCGUCUCUUGGAGUCCCGGUGGACUCGACAAGGUAUCGGUCCUCUCCGAGAAGGUGACACUGGAGAAGAUUGCCCCUCAUGACGGUGUCAUCCGGUUGGAGGAUAGUUGGGUCGAAGAGCAGGGUGUUCAGGGCGUGCUUUAUCUGGUCAUGGACUACUACGAACAUGGGGACCUCCUCGAGUACAGCAAGACGCAUCGCAUAGACGACAGUACGCUGUGUGAUCUGCACCUCCAGUUCAUGCGCAUCCUCGAGCACGUCCAUAGCCAGGGAUUCAUCUUCCUAGACGUCAAGCCGAACAAUAUACUCUUAGCGGACGUCAAUCCACCCAGGAUCAUCCUAACCGACUUCGGUAGCGCUCGUACUCCGGAUCAGAUAGGUUCAUCCAAGAUGUUCUACACUGACCUUUACGCCGCCCCCGAAGUCCGCCAACGUUCGUCAUGGUCCACUAUCAAGGAGAGCUGCGACUACUACUCCUGGUGUAUUAGUUUGUUCACCUUGAUGGUUGUACAGGAUUGGGAGAAGAACAAGCACGUGCACCCUCUCAACUCUUUCGGCGACGGCGAUAAGUUGCGGUCAAUGAACCUGGCCCUGAUCCCGAACGACACUGCGAGGCAACAACUCUUUCAAGGCUUUCUGACCGUCGGCAUGAUCUCGACGGCCCGCGAACGCAAGAAACGCAUGAUGGACCAUCCAUGGGUCGCAAAACGCCCUUCGGCCGACCCGGCACCCGAGGAACCCUCCCUCUUCGGUCGAAAGGCAGCUGUCUCUUCGUCUGGAGUGGAAGUGGCGCGCGUGGAGGCCCGGCUCUUUGGCUUCCCAUCCUCGGCGGCGGCACCGUCUUCGUCUGUCACCGUUCGUGGCCCGUCUCUCAAGCGCGAUAGCGCCGAGAAGUGCCUGGAGAAGGAGAAGGUUGGCAAGAGCUCGGGGGUGGGCUCGACGGCAGGCAAGCGGGCGUCUUCUGCUCGCAAGAAGGCGGUCAAGGCUCGCGCGGCAACUCCGGGGUCGGAGCUUGACGGCCCUGCGCAGGCUGUUCUGAAGCUCAGGACCGGUCGUGUACGCAAGUGUUAUAAGUACUAG